ACCAAAGCGCUCACACGUGCGCGGAGCGGGAGGGCGCAGGCGCGAAGUCGCCGGGACGUUAGAGGGCGCGCGCUCCCAGCCGGGAGCCGACUCGCUCGCGCGCCCCGCCGCUCGGUCUCGCGCUCGACCUGCGCAGGCGCCAGCCCGCAAGAUGGCGGCGGCUGGAGCUGGCCGUCUGAGGCGGGCGGCGUCGGCCCUGCUACUCCGGGCCCCGCGCCUGCCGGCCAGGGAGCUGUCAGCUCCGGCUCGCCUCUAUCACAAGAAGGUUGUUGAUCAUUAUGAAAAUCCCCGGAAUGUGGGGUCCCUUGAUAAGACAUCUAAAAAUGUUGGAACUGGAUUGGUGGGGGCUCCAGCGUGUGGGGAUGUCAUGAAAUUACAGAUUCAAGUGGAUGAAAAGGGGAAGAUCGUGGAUGCCAGGUUUAAGACAUUUGGCUGUGGUUCUGCUAUCGCCUCCAGCUCGUUAGCCACCGAAUGGGUAAAGGGGAAGACGGUGGAGGAAGCCUUGACCAUCAAAAACACGGACAUCGCCAAGGAGCUGUGCCUCCCACCUGUGAAACUGCACUGCUCCAUGCUGGCCGAAGAUGCCAUCAAGGCCGCCCUGGCUGAUUAUAAACUGAAACAACAACCCAAGAAAGCAGAGGCCGAGAAGAAAUGAGCCCCCGGCAAAGCCUCCUGCAGGUCUCACAGGCUGCUUGCCCCCUCACCGUGCAGUCACGUAGCUGUUCAGAAGCCCUUGCACUACAAUAAAAGCGCGGUGAGAUCCACACAGCAUUUGUCAUCACGGUGUAACUCUAAUACAAGCAAAAUACACAGUCUAGUUCUGAAUCCUGUGGCUUCUCACUUUCAUCGCCUUAACCGAGUGUAUGUCUAUUUCACAUUGUGCAUAUGGCCUCAAAACUGAAAUCGAUAGUUAAGUCUCAGGUUUGGGUACUCGUGAAGUGCACAAAUAUCUAACUUUCCCUGAAUCUAUUGCGGGGAAGAUUACCAGUCGAAUGCCUUGGUAAGAUUAUAUGGUAGGACCAAGUAUUGUACA